AUGAAAGUUGCUUUGAAAUGUCGGUAUUGUAAUAGGAAAGAAGUUUAUUUGAACCGCGAUUGUCAUCUUGGUCAACCAUUCGAUUACGAAAACGUACUCCGAGUGAACGGCUUCUUCUAUACUGCUAUCGACUCCAAGGAUGAAACAGAAGAGAGUGCAGCACCCUACAAUACGUCUGACAUCGAAUUCACCUCACUUGUUGAAGACAGUCCUACAGCCGUCGACAGAUUAGCGAAAGAUAUCUCGGAGCAUUUUACAAGAAUCUGCAGACUCGCUGGUGGAAAGACUUUAUCAAAGAAACACAAUCCAUCGCAUGUCGGCUUUUCUAAAAAGAUUUACAUGUGUCGUCGAUGUAAUUGUAUUUGUACUGGCGAUGAGGCAGUCUAUAGUCACUUGUCACAAUGUUGCCCUGAGCUACGCCGUGCUGAUAAUAGUUCCGAACCCUACGAUCUUUCGAAUGGGUUGCUGGUUAGUGCUUUUUUGAAUCUUUUCUGGUGUUAA